UGCGCGGGUGGGUCGGGGCCUUGAGGAAGGGGCCGGCGUCGGGAGAGGGAGGAGCCUGCGCCAGGGAGGCGGGCCAGGCUAGAGGAGGGAGUGGAGCAGGCCUGAGCGGGGAGAGGGCUGAAUCAACUUGGGUUCGGUCCCAGGGCCUGCCUGCUUCUGGGCUCUGCAGGGUGGACUCGUGUCUUUCCGCCUGGAUUCCCACCGCUGAGGGUGGCAGGAGGCGCAUGGCCUGGGGAGGGGUUAGUCAAUCCUCACCAGCCCAUGGCGACUGUCCUUGUCCACCCACAUAUACUCAUCACCAUCACCACCUAAUUCCUACAUCUCUCUUGCUGUCCUGGGAAUGGCCCUAUCCUGAGAACCUGCCUCUCCUGUUUGUGUCCCAACCUCCUUAAGCCUGCAAACGCUGGCCAAGUACCCUACCAGGGAAUUUUUAAUUAAACCUUACUCCCCACUUCAGAGUCAGAUGGUUGAUGAACGGGACUGAGACCCAACUUGGGGCACCUGUGUGCACCUGAUCACCUCUCACCUCUUACAACUCUUUUAGUUCCCUUCCCCUACUCGCACCAAUAACAAUAACAACAAAUCACCCUACCCUGAGGAGGGAAACAGGAGCCUAAAGGGAGGCCAUCAGGUCUUCCUUCCCACAACUGCUGACCCUUGCCUUGGUUCCCCUGGAUGGUGCAUGCUGGGGCCUGGUCUUAGUCCUGUGCAUCUGAGGUUGGCCACUCUACUUCAGUGUCAUGGAUUUCGCCAAGCCUAAGGCCAGCAUUUCUGGGAACCACCAGCUGGAUGAGGUCCAGGGACAGAGACGGCUGCUCCAGCUAAAGUGGCCUCGGACCCCGCGUGGGCUGUGGAGUGGAUCGAACUUCCUCGGGGCCUCUCUCUCUCUUCCUUGGGAUCUGCUCGUACCCUCCGAGGCUGGAGCCGGUCCUCGCGCCCUUCCUCUUCCUCCGUGGACAGUCAGGACUUGCCAGAGGUGAAUGUUGGAGACACUGUCGCGAUGCUGCCCAAGUCCCGGAGAGCCCUAACUAUCCAGGAGAUCGCUGCACUGGCCAGAUCCUCCCUGCAUGGUAUUUCCCAGGUGGUGAAGGACCACGUGACCAAGCCCACUGCCAUGGCCCAGGGUCGAGUGGCUCACCUUAUUGAAUGGAAGGGCUGGAGCAAGCCAAGCGACUCUCCUGCUGCCCUGGAAUCAGCCUUUUCCUCCUACUCGGAUCUCAGUGAGGGUGAGCAAGAGGCUCGCUUUGCGGCAGGAGUGGCUGAGCAGUUUGCCAUUGCAGAAGCCAAGCUCCGGGCAUGGUCUUCAGUGGAUGGUGAGGACUCGACCGAUGAAUCCUAUGAUGAGGACUUUGCUGGGGGAACUGACUCAGACAUGGCUGGGCAGCUGCCCCUGGGACCCCACCUCCAGGACCUCUUCUCUGGCCACCGAUUUUCCCGGCCUGUGCGCCAGGGCUCCGUGGAGCCGGAGAGCGACUGCUCGCAGACAGUGUCCCCAGAGACCCUGUGCUCCAGUCUGUGCAGCCUGGAGGACGGGUUGCUGGGCUCCCCGGCCCACCUGGCCUCCCAGCUGCUGGGUGAAGAGCUGCUUCUUGCCAAACUGCCCCCCAGCCGGGAAAGUGCCUUCCGCAGCCUGGGCCCCUUGGAGGCCCAGGACUUGCCCUACAACUCGCCCCACACAGAGUCCUGCCUUUCCCCCGCCGAGGUGGAGCCCGCCCCCUGCGAGGACUGCCAGCCGCUCUGCCCACCGGUGGGCAGCUGGGAACGCCAGCCGCAAGCCUCUGACGUGGCUUCUUCUGGGGUGGUGUCCUUGGAGGAGGAUGAGGUGGAGCCAGAGGAACAGUGACGCAGAUCAUGCCUGGCGGUGGCAUGGCCGCUGUGCCCAGUUGUGGGCUGGAGGCUUCCAGCAGAGCUCCAAAGCCUGGGGGGCUCCUGGGAGCACUCACUCCUCAUUGUGUGUUUUGCAUGAAAGUGUCUAGAGAGGAGGCAGGGACCAGGCUGGGGGCGCAUGUCCAGCCCCCACUCCUGGGGCUUGCCGGGGGUUGCCCGGGGCCCCUGGGGCAUGGCUACAGCAGUGGCUGAGUGAUGUUCAUGUUCUUAAAUCAAAAACGCCACAUAUUUCCUCCUCUGAUGAUGUGAACCUCUGAGGGGGCAGUUAUGACUGGGCUAUGUGGGAUAGAAUGGGAGGGAGCCCGGCCUCCCCUGCCCCUCCCCCCGCCUCUCUCCUCUGCUUCUC